AAGCCAAUUGGUUCCAUCUCUCACUUGCGUCGUCAGAACCCUUUGGUCUCGCUUUCUUGUUCGAAAAGUUUAAACCAAACACAAACCCUACAUAAACCCCACGACUACCGCAAACCCUUCCCUUUCAUCGACGUUCAUCGGAAUUCCAAGGUAACAAGAUGAAUAUGAAGAACAUGAAAAUUCCAAAUGUACCAAGUGGUGGUGCGGCCUCUGCCCUGCUGAAGCUUGGGGUUAUUGGUGGAAUUGGUUUGUAUGCGGUUUCUAAUAGUCUCUACAAUGUUGAAGGAGGGCACCGAGCUAUUGUUUUCAACCGUCUAGUUGGUGUCAAAGACGAGGUCUAUCCCGAAGGGACUCAUUUUGUAAUACCCUGGUUUGAGAGGCCAGUCAUCUAUGAUGUUCGUGCUCGACCCCAUCUAGUUGAGAGUACAUCUGGGAGUCGUGAUCUACAGAUGGUGAAAAUUGGACUUCGAGUUCUUACUCGCCCUUUGCCUGAACAAUUACCUACAGUUUAUCGGACCCUUGGUGAGAAUUUUAACGAAAGGGUUUUGCCUUCAAUCAUACAUGAAACUUUGAAAGCUGUGGUUGCCCAAUAUAAUGCCAGCCAGCUAAUUACUCAGCGAGAGGUUGUUAGUCGGGAGAUCCGGAAAAUUCUGACGGAGAGAGCAGCUAACUUCAACAUUGUCCUUGAUGAUGUGUCAAUUACUGCUUUGACUUUUGGCAAGGAGUUUACUGCUGCAAUUGAAGCUAAGCAGGUGGCUGCACAAGAAGCUGAGAGGGCUAAAUUUGUUGUGGAAAAAGCGGAGCAAGACAAAAGAAGUGCUGUAAUUAGAGCUCAGGGUGAAGCAAAGAGCGCCCAACUGAUUGGACAAGCUAUUGCCAACAAUCCAGCAUUUAUCACACUGAGGAAGAUAGAAGCUGCUAGAGAGAUUGCACAUACCAUAUCAAACGCGGCAAACAAAGUUUUCUUGAACUCAGAUGAUCUGUUGUUGAAUCUUCAGGAGAUGACUUUGGAUCCAAGCAAAAAGUGAGUCAGAUAGCAUGUUUUGUUUCUUGUGUUUAGCUCAUAAAAGAUGAAUUCCAGGGUGCAUUUCUUGAUAUUUUUAGCAAAUUGGACUAUAGUUGGCUUCAUCUGACAACUGAAUGGUAACCCUUUUAAACACAAGAUUAAUUGAGAUCCUAUCGAAUGCUUCUCAUUACAGUACUGAAAUAAUUUCAGUUACAGUUCUCAUCUUGAUUUUA